UAUCAUUCUUCUUCUUCUUCUUGACCAGAGCUCUCUCUCUCUUUCAUACACACACGAUCACGAUAAUGGAAGGCGAUCAAGAGACGGAGGUUUAUACUUUGGUCGCAAGGAAGCCUAGCUUCGAUCUCCCAACAGCUUGCCCUAAUUGUCUUCCCGCUUACAUAUACCUCAAAUUAGCCCAGCUUCCUUUUGAACUUGCCUUCAAUUCAACCUUCCCUGAUUCAGAUGAACUGCCGUACUUUGAGAACGGUACUUAUGUUGCAUAUAACAAUGAGGAUGGAGGAGUAAUUGAAAAACUGAAGAAAGAUGGGAUCGUCAAUCUUGACGCUCAACUCCAGUCUCUUCCGGAAUAUUUAUCGUUGAAGGCUCUUAUUGCGUCUUGGCUGGAAGAAGCUCUUACCUAUGAAAUAUGGGUUGGUACCGAGGGAAUAUCGACAUCGAAAAUCUACUAUUCCGAUCUUCCUUGGGUGAUUAGCAAGGUCCUGUUUUAUAAGCAGACAUGCAUGGCCAAGAACCGUUUGGGAAUCACCAAAGAAAACGCAGAGCAAAGAGAAACACAGAUAUACAAAAGAGCAGGUGAGGCAUAUGAAGCUUUGUCGACUAGGUUAGGCGAGCAGAAGUUUCUCUUUGAAGACAGGCCAUCGAGUCUAGAUGCUUUCUUACUCUCGCACAUGCUUUUUAUAAUCCAAGUAUUACCGGAAACAUCUGUGCUUCGCUGCAAACUUCUGGAACAUAGUAAUCUUGUCAGAUAUGCUGAGAAACUUAAGGCAGAGUUCCUCGAAGCCUCUUCUUCAUCUCCAUCACCUCCACUUCAGUCGUUCCCUUCCUCAUUUACUAGAAAGGGUUCGAAGCCAAAGAGCAAACCAAAAGUGGAAAAGACCGAAGAGGAGAAAAAAUUCAAGAAAAGAGCAAGAUUCUUUCUAGCUGCUCAGUUUCUAGCUGUCGUUAUAUACUUAUCCGUGAUGGGAGGAGGUAGUUCCGAUGAAGUGGAGUAUGAAGAUGAAGAUGACUAAACCAAAGCUUCUCUUGUUAUUGAAUGAUCCCAGUGGUAUCCCGGUAACUCAGGCAAUCUCGUCUUCCUAACUACCAUAAAGGAACCAGUAAUCUCUGUGCGUUUUUUCUUGAACUCUUAGUUAGCGAGAGGAUACAGAUCUGAGAUUUAUUCACAUUAUAAUGGUUUUUGUUCUGAAUGAGAUUCAAUUGGCUUUUACAUAAAUUUAAUUGGUUCAAGACAAUGUAUCA